GUAAUGAAAAACACAGUAUUCAGGUUGCUUCUCAACAAGAAGAUGGUGAGCCUACACUACAGGACAUGGCUGUACUUAUUGAACAAGUCACUGGAGUUCCAGUUCCUUUCCAGAAACUGAUAUACAAAGGAAAGUCUCUGAAAGAAUUGGAACAACCAUUAUCAGCACUUGGUGUUAAAAAUGGUUGCAAAGUCAUGUUGAUUGGGAAAAGGAAUAGUCCAGAAGAAGAGGCCGAAUUAAAGAAGUUGAAAGAUUUGGAGAAGUCAGUGGAGCAAAUAGCUAAUAAGUUAGAGGAAGUUAAUAAGGAGUUCACAAGUAUCCAAAAGGGAUUUUUAGCAAAGGAUCUCCAAGGAGAAGCACUAAAACAGCUGGACAAGAGGAUAAAAGGAACUGCAGAGCAGUUCAUGAAGACCCUGGAACAGAUUGAUGCCAUUAAUCUGCCAGAGAAUUUCAGUGAUUGCAAACUGAAAAAGAAGGGGCUGGUGAAGAGGGUUCAGGUUUUUCUUGCCCAGUGUGAUACCAUUGAAGGAAAUAUUGGCCAAGAAAUGGACAAGCUACAGUCAAAGAAUUUGGCACUGGCAGAAUGAGUCAUUGCCAUACAUAAUUAGGAAAGAUAAUUGCUCUGUGAGCAAGAAGAAAAGUUUGCUCUUUGUUUUGGAGCACAUAUUCAGCUUCCUUUUCUUUCUUUUUUUUUUUAAAGCCCAGUCUGUUAGACUGAUACCAGUCAAUCAUUUCUUGCUGGUUGUCUUUGUUUGCCGCUUGGUUAGAACUAUUACUUUGAAAAGAAAAUCCUUCCUGAAGAGUGAGAGAAAUAAUCCUUGUGGUGAAUUAUGUAUCUUAUGGAUGAAUGUUUAGUUAACUAAGUUAUGAAUUUUUCAAUGAUGGGCAAUUUUGUCUGAUGUAUCUUUGAAUUUAUUUACAGCUCAAAUCAAAGAAGGUCUGUAAUCGUACAAGUGCCAUAAGUUGCAGUUGUAGGACUUCAGCUUGAUUGAAAAAGGCAAACUGAGACAACAUCUGGGAAAGUUGAACAUUCUAGUAGACGGUUCAGAGCAAUAAAAAAACCCCUAAGCAUUUGUAUUUACUUAAUGUUUGUAUGCAUUUAUAAAUAUAGAAAGCUUGACUAUAAGGGAGUCAUACCUAUUUUAGCCUUAAAUUGUCAUAAUAAAUGGAAUGUACUGUAACAUGUAUGGUACCUAAUUUUGAGUGGUGCUUUAAGUUGUUACUGAGCUCCUUGAUACAGACAUACAUUUUUUACAU